AUGACAAGAGCGAACCCCCUGCCGACGGCGCCCAGGCCCAGAAAGACGCCGAGAAGCAAGUCCCCGAGGGCCAAGACUUCGAGAAGCAAGCUCUCGAGGGCCAAGACCCCGAAAAUCUCCAGCGCAAAAGGCAAAGCGCACCUUCAAGGAAAUCUUCCACGAGUUCAAGGACAAAAUCACCGCUUUUCUCAAGGAAGCCUACGCCCCCUUGCCCCUCCCACCCCGGACCCCAUCGAGCUCUUGUUCCAGCACCGGCCCGGCGACUUCGCCUCGCUCGUCGCCGCCGAGGAAGCCUCCCAAAACCCCAAGGCCAAUCGCAGGAGCCCCAACGCCGAGGCCAGGGUCAUCGCGAAGCUGAUCGAGCCCCUCGUCCUGCUCGCGGGCGACGACGUCUCGCGCGUGUACGGCAUUUCCGGCCCCCACGGCCGCCCUCAGAUCCUCAAGGUGGGCUAG